GAAAAUGUCUGCUUCCUGUCAUCUAAAGGAGCUUUCGUGGAGUAGAUCAGAGGGGUCUCUGAUUGACUUGGAUGACGGAAACCCAGUCAGGAAUGACUGGACAGAUGACAAGGAAAAUGAAUUGAAUCUGAAGUCCCAUUGGCCUGGAGACUUUAAGCAAGGUGCCCCUGAUGUGUUUAAGACAAAUCCAUUUUGGAAGGAACUGUCAGCAUCUAACCCUUUUUUAGAUGAUGUAGCUCGGUCAAGCAACAAAGAAAAAGAUAAUAGGCAUAUAUCCAUCUUAAAAGAAGAUCCCUACUUACUGUUUAGAGACUCAAAUAACAGGGAUUCUGCUGCUUCAUCUGGAGAUGAGUUAAAUAUUGAUUAUCUUUUUCUUCGUAAAGCUUCGAAGAGGUCGGCAAAAUCUAGGAGCAUUUCAGAUUUUUUGGAUAUUGUAGGUACCAAGGCGUAUGAUCUUCCUAGUACAGUGCCAUCCAACCAUAUCCUACCUCCAUAUAGUGAAUCACUUCAGAACGAUCGUGAAGCCUAUAAGACAGCAUGGUUGAAUCAACGGCAGCUGGCCCGAUCUUGCCUCGAUUUGAAUGUGAUAAAUCAAAAUCCGGGAUGGGCACAAACCCAAUCUAUAGAAACCCAUAUAGUGUGCAAAGUGAAUCAUGAAGGUGGCUCAGUGCAGCUUCCCGACUCGGAUAUUGCUGUUCAUUUCCCCGAAGGUCAUGUAGCAUUUGGAGAAUUCCAAGAGGUUGGAUUACAGGCGAUCCUUGACUCUCCAGGAUCACUCAAUCAUGAGUUUUCAACCACGGUGAGCCCACUGAUUGAACUAACAUUAAGUAACCUCAAUACCACAGAAGCCAUUUUACUAGAAAUGAAAAUUGCAGCUGAAGUGAAGAAGGACCCUUUUAGUCAGGUUAUGACCGAAAUUGUAUGUCUGUGUGGUUUCAGUAAAGAAGGUCCAUUUGAAAAAAUACAGAACUGUUACAUUUAUAAAGAUACAAUACAAGUGAAGCUGACAGAUCUAAAUCACUUGAUGUACAUUGUUACUGUAGCUCAAACGAAUUCAGUGAAUGCUCCUGCAAGUGCUUGGGAAUAUAUCCACAGAAAACUUUCAGUUGGCAUUUACGGACCCAAACACAUCCAUCCAUCUUUCACUGUUGUUUUCGUUCUAUUUGGCCAUAGCUAUGUUCCAGAGAAACUUACAGUAUGUGACAUUAAGAAGGGCGGGAAGAGUAUGCCUCCAGUUGUUUUCCAACUCUGGGGGAAGCACACAUUUGUCCUUGAGAAGCCACAAGACCUUAGCAUUUUUGUGGCCUCUUGUGACCCUGAUUUUGAAGUGAAAGAAGAAGACCAAAGGAAAGAAAUUAAGGAAGGAACAUUGAAAGGAGGUGGUGAAGUGGUUCACCAACACUUCCCAUUUUCUAUGCUCAGUGUGAAGAAAAUACAUUUGUUUGUCUUCCGUGUCCAGGUUAAAGCCCCAAACAACAACCUGGUGUGCCAGUUCUACAUUACAACCCCUGAGCCAGCUCCAAAGCCAUUCACUGGAAUAUUUAAUAAACCAAACCGAUUAGAAAAACGCAAGGAGAUUAAAUCUGCACCCUUGCUUUCAGUGCCAGCAAUGAAAUAUCCCAUCUUUCACGAUAAGGCUGUACGUGUUUCGAGCUAUGGCAUAGCUUUGAAAACAGUGUUACGUCAAAGUAAGAUCGAAUAUUUGUUGGAAUAUUUUAAAGGUGACACAAUAGCACUUCUCGGUGAAGAUAAGGUCAAGGCCAUUGGACAAGCUAAAGUAAAAGAGUGGUAUGUGGGAGUUCUUAGAAGGAAGGUUGGCCUUGUGCAUUGCAAAAAUAUCAAAGUGAUAGCCAAAGAUCAAGCUAUGGAUACUGAGGAUUGCAUAAUUACAACUGCCAGUCUCCUUCAACAAAUUGCAUUGCCUUUUAAAAAACUGACUUACAUCUAUUCAGCAAUCUUAUCCACAGUAUCGGAAAAAAUGUACGACUGGAAAGCUCUGGCUGAUGCCCUUGGAUUUUCACUUCUGUCACUGAAUGAUUUCAGCGACAUGCAAGCUGAGAAAGAAUCAGAAAAAAUUGCGUAUGUUGUGAAGAAACUCAAGGAAGUGUGCCACACUCACCGGAACACAAGGCGUUUCCUGUACGAGCUCUCGACUGCUCUACUGAAGCUGGAUUGCCAAGGAUUACUAGCACGCAUUACGCAGGAUACUGUCAUUUUUACUUCAGCUGUAAAGCUUGGGAAAGGCUGGAGAGAGUUGGCAGAAAAAUUAGCGCGACUCACAAAACAACAAAUUGAAGCUUAUGAAAUUCCCCACCGGGGUAAAAGUGGAGAUGUUCCUCCAGAGAUGAUGUGGAAACCAGCAUAUGACUUUCUGUACACCUGGGGAGCUCACUAUGGAGACAGCUACAGAGAUAUGUUGCAAGACCUGCAAUCUGCAUUGGACAAAAUGAAAAACCCUGUGACCAAACAGUGGCGAGAAUUAACUGGAGCUCUUAUUCUGGUCAACUGCAUGGAGGUUCUCCAAGCGAGUGCGUUCUCCAAGAGGGAUGAGGAAUAAAACUCAUCUUCUAAUUUAGAAAGGUGCUCUAGAAAUUAUCUGCCUGAAACACAAAGCAGUUAAAAGGGAACAUUUGUAUUAAGGCCGUUUAGUGCCUCUGUCUGUGAAAAUUAUGCCUAUUGUUUAUGACUUUUAUGUGCUUAAUGUUUUUUCAAAAAUCAAAUCAUUCAUUUUUCAAGCACCACCAGUUUUACCUCAUUUCCCCCAUAUAUCUAGCACAGCAUUUCUAGGAAUGUAAUCACACACAGUGGCUGUGAUUUGAACACCCUUGCAGUGGACUGCAGAAUAGUAUUUUGGUAAUUUUGCUCUGGCAGAAUCAAAGCUGGACAGCAACGUUACUCUACAUUUUAUGGAAAUAAUUUUCCUUAGAAAUUGCUCCAUACAAUUGCUACUGUCAUUCCUUAGAGACUAGGUUAGGCACUCUUCAUGGGUAUAUCUGCUUGCUCUAAAAUACUCUGGGAUGCUCCUUAAUUGCAUGUAUUAGUUGGCUAUAUGCUUUGGGGCUUUAGUACUCACUGAAUAUUUGGGUAUUAGUGGAAAUGGACUGUGUGAAGGUCCCAGAUAUCUUUGUUACUGGUCCAUGUUUCUCCAU